UGGGCCCGUAGACAAUGUUUUGGGCAGCGACGUUCGAAUACGCUAGUCUCUGAGUGGAGGUAUGUCCUGAUCCAAUUCAAAUUCAAAAGAAAUGGUAUGCAUGUUCACAACCGACUCACUCGAGGCCCAACACUUGAAUGGAGCAGAAUGAAGCAUUCAAAUCUUGACACCACGAGGUCGUUAGCCUCAGCGGCAAUGCCAAAUCCUCCCAUUCCGCCGUCCUCUCGGAUCCUGCCUUGUUACUGCCUGUUGUGCAUCACACUCGCUUUGCAAACACGCGACAGUCCACAUACACCUAGUGCUGGUACGGCCCAGCUUCCUGCAAGAUCAAAGGUACUAAGAGAGUCGGCAUAAGUAGCUGCGAACCAUGUCAGUUGGUUCUGCCAUCUACUCGAGUGUUAUCACCCAUUUCGCAUCAAACCUUUCCGCCCCAUCCUUCCAUCUGCCUGUCAUUGGUCGUGUCACUGAAGCAGAGGG